AUGGGCGCUGGCGGAGGCGGCGACGCCGGCGCGUUCUACGAUGCCGCGCUCAAGAAGCGGCAGGCCAUGAUGGGCAAGAGCGGACCCUCGGCGCUGCUCAAGAACUUCCGGGUCUUCCGUAUCGCAGCCUUUGCCUGCAUCGGCGGUGUGCUGUACGGCUACAACCAGGGCAUGUUCUCUGGCGUCUUGGCCAUGCCGUCGUUCAACAGCCACAUGGGCGAGUAUACGACGAACCAGACCAAGAAGGGAUGGCUCACUGCCAUUCUCGAGCUGGGCGCCUGGCUGGGGACGUUGCUCUCGAGUUUCCUCGCCGAGGUCCUGUCGCGCAAGUACGGAGUCCUGGUGGCCUGCGCCGUCUUCAUGCUCGGCGUUGUCAUCCAGACGACCGCGGUGUCUGCCGGGCACAACUCCAUCCUGGCCGGACGGUUCAUCACUGGUAUGGGCGUUGGAAGUCUGGCCAUGAUCAUCCCCAUCUACAACUCCGAGGUUGCUCCCCCUGAGGUCCGCGGCGCUCUGGUGGCGACCCAACAGCUGGCCAUCUGCUUUGGUAUCAUGAUCAGCUUCUGGAUCGACUACGGCACCAACUACAUCGGCGGAACAGGCGAAGGACAGAGCGACGCGGCAUGGCUGCUCCCCGUCUGCCUGCAGCUCGCGCCGGCCGUCAUCCUGUUUGUCGGCAUGAUCUUCAUGCCCUUCUCCCCGCGUUGGCUGAUCAACCACGGCCGGGAGGAGGAGGCGCGCAAGGUGUUGUCCGAGCUUCGCGGCAUGCCCCCCGACCACGAGCUCGUCGAGAUCGAGUUCCUCGAGAUCAAGGCCCAAUCCCUGUUCGAGAAGCGCUCCAUUGCCGAGAUGUUCCCCGAACUGAGCGAGCGGACGGCCUGGAACAUCUUCAAGCUCCAGUUUGUCGCCAUCAAGAAGCUCUUCCAGACCAAGGCCAUGUUUAAGCGCGUCAUCGUUGCCACCGUGACCAUGUUCUUCCAGCAGUGGACGGGCAUCAACGCCGUUCUGUACUAUGCCCCCUUUAUCUUUCAGCAGCUCGGCCUCGACCUCAACACGACCUCGCUCCUGGCCACGGGCGUGGUCGGCAUCGUCAUGUUCAUCGCGACCAUCCCGUCCGUCCUGUGGGUCGACCGGGCCGGGCGCAAGCCCGUGUUGACCAUCGGCGCCAUCGGCAUGGCUACCUGCCACAUCAUCAUCGCGGUGCUCGUGGCCAAGAACAUCAACCAGUGGGCCGAGCAGCGGGCGGCCGGCUGGGCGGCCGUGUGCAUGGUCUGGCUCUUCGUCAUCCACUUUGGCUACUCGUGGGGUCCCUGCGCCUGGAUCAUCGUCGCCGAGAUCUGGCCGCUCAGCACGCGCCCCUACGGCGUCGCCCUCGGCGCUUCCAGCAACUGGAUGAACAACUUCAUCGUCGGCCAGGUCACCCCCGACAUGCUCGAGGGCAUCCCCUACGGCACCUACAUCCUCUUCGGCCUGUUGACCUACCUGGGCGCGGCUUUCAUAUGGUUCCUGGUUCCCGAGACAAAGCGGCUGACACUCGAGGAGAUGGACGUCCUCUUCGGUUCCGAGGGUACCGCUGCGGCCGACUACGAGCGCAUGGAAGAGAUCAACAACGAGAUUGGCCUCAACCAGAUCCUGCGCGGCGAGGGCCGUGUCACUGCUCCCUCUACGUCGGAUGCCGAGAAGCCCAAGGGUGCGGAACAGAUGGAGACUGUCUAA